AUGAAUAAACGCUCCUUUACCCCACCAUCGAAUUGGGCGCAGCUUUUCGCGCGCCUGGAGGAUUAUCGAAAACACUUAAAGGCCCCGGUUGACACGAUGGGGUGCCACCGCCUCCGCGACGAGACUGCGCCAAAGGAGGUUCAGCGCUUCCACACGUUAGUGGCGCUCAUGCUCAGUGCACAAACAAAGGACGUUGUGACCGCGGCUGCGAUGGAUACGCUCAUCAAGCGCGAACUGACUGUGCAGUCGGUUCACGCGAUGACGGAGACAGAACUGGAUAAGCACAUCUGCAAAGUUGGGUUUCACAAUACGAAGGCGAGGAACAUCAAGGAAGUUGCCGCGAUUCUCAUGAAAAACUACGAUGGAAAGGUACCGCGAGAGUACGCAGAGCUGAUUGCACUGCCCGGCGUCGGCCCGAAAAUGGCAAACCUGUUUUUCCAAGACGCCGAUCACCGUGUUAUUGGCAUUGGCGUCGAUACACAUGUGCACCGAAUCUCGCAGCGUUAUCGGUGGGUACCAAGCACCGUGAAGACGCCGGAGGACACGCGCAAGGCGCUGGAGUCGUGGUUGCCUCGGGAGCACUGGGGAACCAUUAAUUCUCUCAUGGUGGGUCUCGGCCAAACAGUAUGCACCCCACUCCGCCCGAAGUGUGACAUCUGUGAGCUUAGCGACAUUUGCCCGAACGCGUUCAAGGAGAGACGGCAAAAGCGCCUCCGUGCAAAAGCGCCCCUCAUGGAGAAAGAGGAGCCUGUGUCGCACAGGAAGCGGAGAUGA